AUGCCGCCAAAGCUUAGAAGUAGAACCCCAACUACAGUGAAUGGUCCAUCGCCUAGAGUGCUGUCUGGUAAUGUGGCGCAACGUCCUACUGGGAGUGCGUCUGCAGUGAAACCGGUACAACGCCCUUCUUAUGCUAGUAAAUCAAGUAAUCUUACAGCAUUUGGAAGAAAUGAUAUGGAAACUUACUUUGAAUCUCUUUUGGCUUUGGACCGUUCUGAUGGAUUGGAUGCUAUUGGAACGAAAGGAAUCGCGCGGCUUUGUGAGGAUCUUUGCAUAGCAAAAGAUUCAUUUGAAAUGUAUACACUCAUUUGGAAAAUGAACAUCACUAGGGGUGAGUGCAUUCCGCGUACCGACUGGCUCUCAACUAUGUACACUUAUAAAGUGGAACAAUUAUUAAAUCUUAGAAUGUUGCUAUCAGAAUGGGUAAAAGAAGCAAAGAGUACUGCGUUUAAUGAGUUUUACAGUCAUCUAUAUGACUUCAUUCGUGGAGAAGAUGCUCGUCUCAUGCCAACUGAUAGAGCCAUAAAAGUUUGGGGAAUUCUAUUUGAGCAUGAUCCUCGUAUAAAAUCGUGGAUUCAAUGGUACUCACUUGUCUACAUGCGAGAUGUAACACGAGAUGUUUGGCAACAGUUGGGCCUUUUUCUUUCUAAGGUCCCAAACAUUGAAGCCUAUCGUGUUGGUGAUAAAUGGUCGUCUGCAAUAGAUAACUAUGUGGAAUGGUACAAGUCCUCUCAGUGA